UCUCUGCGGGUGGUUGUCCCUACCUUUUUUUCAAAAAAAAAACCCAAAGAAAACAGAGGUUCCUUUCUUCGCUGUGACAUUUUUUUUAUGUGUUUUGCCUCUUCUUUUUUUAGGUGUUGUAGGUUUAUAGUGUAGCGCUCGUUUGGCUCUGGCUAUGGACAUAUUGUGUUGCAAAUGGCUGCGACGUUCUGCUUCGUGAUCGGUUCAUUUGCCUAUAGACUGUAUGGAAGUUUGGUUUACUGGUUUUCUUGCUCAUUGUUGAAGGUGGGGUGUCUGGGUUCAUCAGGUUAUGUGCCUUUAUUGAAGGUGUGCGAGUUUCACCUUUGUCAUUGGUAUCAUCUGUCUGCAGCUUCUUGGCUCGUUGCUGAUCUUUAUAUCUUACGUGUUCAGGCUAUCUUUUCGUAUUUAAGGCUGUGGUCAGUCGGUGCCAAUCGGUAUCUGCUUAUUAUUUGUGUGAGGUCGCUGAUGAUGGAUCUGUUCUAGCUGGAGUAGAGAUAGAAUUGCCGCCUUUGCACACAGAUGUUACUGGUCGUCGUGUGUUUUUUUGGAAUUGUCCUCAUAUAACUUAUAUGGCUCCUUAUGAGCAGGCAGCAUUCCAGGCUAUAAGUUACCUGCAAGGUCUUUAUGGGUUUUUGGUACUUGAUUACAGCUAUCAGGCUUUGUUGUACUAUAGGAGAGUGGCACACUCGGCUAUCCAACUUGCGGCUGGUGCUGUGAGUUGGGCCGGUGUUGUUGAUCGAUUUGUCUGU